CCCUGCCCUAACCGGUGCCGGUCGGCUCUGACCCAUCCCGGCCGCCUUAGCGUUCCGCUGCUGGGCUAGGCCGCCGCGGGGAUCCUCGGCCUCCCUCCUCAGGAGGCGGGCUCGCAGAGGCAACGGCGGCUCCCCCCAGUUGGGGGGAGGAGGUGAAGGAGGGGGUCACUCCCGAGGUGAGGCCUCCUCAGGGGCCUGCAGCCGCCUCCCCGCCCCAGGUCAGGACCAUGUUCACCAGCACCGGCUCCAGCGGGCUGUAUAAAGCACCUUUGUCCAAGGGCCUCUUAAUAGUACCAAGCACCCUCUCGCUUCUGUUGGCUGUGCUCUUUCAACAUUAUCAAAAGUUCUUCGCAUAUAAUCUGCAAGCAGUGAAAGAGGAAUUUCAGAUUUGGAGGCUUGUCUGUGGGAGAACAGUAUGUCUUGAUCUCAAAGACACAUUCUGCAGCAGCUUGCUAAUUUAUAACUUUAGGAUAUUUGAAAGGCGGUAUGGCAGCAGAAAAUUUUCAUCUUUUUUGCUAGGUUCCUGGAUGCUGUCGGUGUUAUUUGAUCUUCUCCUUGUAGAAGCUGCUGAAUAUUCUUUUGGCAUUUCCAUCAACAGCUUGCCUUCAGGAUUCUUGGGCCCUAUAUUUGCUCUUUUUAUACCAUUUUAUUGCUCCAUUCCAAGAGUUCAAGUGACACAAAUUCUAGGCCAGUUUUCCAUCACAAACAAGACACUGGUCUAUAUAUUGGGUUUGCAGCUUUUGACUUCAGGGUCUUAUAUCUGGAUUGUUGCUUUAAGUGGGCUGAUUUCUGGAAUGUGCUAUAGCAGCCAGGUGUUAAAAGUGUACCGUGUACUUUGUGUGCCCAGUGGCAUGGCAAGAAUAUUUGCUUGGACUCUUGAGCCAAUUUUUUCAUCUGCAGAGCCAUCCAAUGAAAUCAGAGUUGGAAUGGGAGCAACUGUAGACAUACAGAGGCAACAGAGAAUGGAGCUGCUAGAUCGGCAAAUCCUGAUGUCUCAGUUUGCACAGAUAAGGAGACAAAGACAGCAACAGGGUGGAAUGAUUAACUGGAAUCGUCUCUUUCCUCCUUUACGUCAUCGACGUAAUGCAAACUAUCAGGAAAAUCAUCAGACUGAACAUGACGUGCUUCCUCCAGGCGAAGUGUCUGAAGAACAGGUUGCACGGCUCAUGGAAAUGGGAUUUUCCCGAAUAGAUGCUUUGGAAGCAUUGAGGGCUUCAAAUAAUGACCUUAAUGUAGCUACCAACUUUCUACUCCAGCAGUAACACGAACCUGCAAUGAGGAACUUUAAGCAACACUUGAAGUGUGCUACCUAAAGGAGGACCACAACUACCUGUUGGAUAGAUCCUGAAGGCUUUAGUAACAAAGAAGCUCUUGUCAUGUGUGUCGUAUCAGAAGAGCGAUGAUGGAUGGUCCUGAAAAUACAUGUCCCUGAAAGGGGAUACUUACUGGCUGGGUUACUCCUGAAAAGUACUGUCAAUAUGUUAUCGCUUCAAUAUUUAUUUUGGAAAAUGGGGUGUUGUUUCAAAGCAUGAAGUCUAUUACCAUUCCUAGUAACUAGGAAAUGGAGAGCAGGAAAGCUGGGAGGGAGGGAGGUGGCUCCUUUUGCCAAACUUGCAGAAUUCUUUCCUCUUGUAUUAAGAUUUUUUUCUAAUCAUAAAUAUUUUUGAAUACAGUGUUUCUUUCAUCUGCUUUGUCACAGCUUUAAGAAAUGUCAGAACUACUUGGUCAUGUGAUUUCAAUAAAGGAAGAGAGGUCUGCUA